AUGUCCAAGACAGUAAAGAGGAGGGGGCCAUUGGCUGCCCAGCAUGGUCAAAAGAGACAGAAGUUGUCUCCGUCGAUAAAGAGUCGAGUGUACAGCGGGCCAGCUGUUCGUGGCGACGCGUUGAAAUGGAAAACAGUCCCUUUGCCGAAGAGACUGGAGGACGCCGAAGGAUUCUUUGGACUUGAAGAGAUUGAAGAUGUCGACGUUGUCCGAGAUGAGACCAGUCAUCAUGUGAUGUUUCAACCGAGAUCACUCGCAGCUGUGGAUGACCCAACCGACAGUAACCAGCUCGAGGAAGAAUGGCAGGGUUUUGAUGACGGAGCUGGAAUGGUGGAAGAAAAAACCCGAAGACCGAUGGCGGUAUCAGACUCUUCAUAUGACACUUUACAGGCUUCAAAAAGAGCCAAAGACUUCGAUAAGCGAAAAAACAAGACCAAAGCCAAACAAGAAGAGGAGGUUGUCCCCAAUGUCAAGUUUGAUGUUUUGCUGGAGAGCUCCGAAGAUUCCAAGACAGAUGUAGCGGCAUGGAAGCAUCUUGAGCUAUCUCCGUCAACCUUUUCACAGCUUUCUCAACUUGGCUUUGCUCGCCCUACGCCCAUACAAGCAGCCAGUAUUCCGCCGAUCAUGCAAGGCCACGAUGUGAUUGGCAAGGCUGUAACCGGAUCUGGGAAGACUUUGGCGUUCGGCAUUCCACUUUUUGAACAUUGGCUUUGGAGGGAGAAUGCGGUACCGAAUGGCCCGACUAAAAGCAAGGAUUCUAUCCUAGCUCUCAUUCUGGCACCUACCAGAGAGCUAGCAUUGCAGCUCAAUAGGCAUCUGAAUGAGCUAUGCAUAGGUCUGGAAGACCAUCCCAAAAUUGUCGCCGUGACCGGCGGACUCUCCAUUUACAAGCAACACCGACAGCUGGAAUAUGCCGAUAUUGUGGUAGCGACUCCAGGGCGACUGUGGGAAAUCAUGAAUGAUGCCUCUACCGAUUACGAUGUUGACGCAUUGGUGGACCGAUUGAAGAAGAUUCGGUUCUUGGUAGUGGAUGAAGCCGAUCGAUUAUUGAGUGAAGGCCAUUUCAAAGAAGUGGAGAACAUUCUUGAUGCCCUUGACCGGAAGAUCGUGGACGAGGAGGAGGACCAAGAUACGGCGCCAGACUCACCAAAUUCGAUCCGGCAGACCCUUGUGUUCUCCGCUACGUUCCAUAAGGGACUACAGCAAAAACUCACAGGCAAGCUCAAGUCUGCGGGCCGGACGAAUAACAACCUCCUCACCAAUCAGCAGUCCAUGGAGUACCUCUUGCGGAAGCUCUCGUUCCGCGAAGAGAAGCCGACCUUCGUUGAUGUGAAUCCCAGUUCGCAGAUGGCCGCCGCGCUUGCUGAAUCAAUCGUGGAAAGUCCCGCAAUGAAGAAGGACCUGUUUCUCUAUACUUUGCUAGUGCAACACCCCAACAAAAAGACGUUGGUUUUCACAAACAGCAUUUCAGCUGUUAGGCGAGUGACGGUGUUGCUUCAGACCUUAAAGCAAGCUGCGGUCGCCUUGCACUCGACGAUGCCACAAAAGUCACGACUACGAUCUUUGGAGAGAUUUGCAGCCCAGAGCAGCAUCCUGGUAUCCACAGAUGUUGCAGCUCGAGGACUCGACAUCAAGGGGAUCGAUCUAAUUAUUCAUUACCAUGUGCCCCGCACUGCAGAUAUGUAUGUACACCGAUCCGGAAGAACUGCUCGUGCCGAGAUGUCAGGGCAAUCGAUCCUGCUCUGUUCUCCUGAUGAAGUUGCCGGAGUGAGAAGAUUGAUCGCCGAAGUGCACAAGAGUGACGAGGCACCCGAAACAAUCCAAUUAGAGGGGCGACUCAUGCAAAACCUGGAAUCACACGUGUCACUCGCCCAGAAGAUCACCGAAGCAACCCAGGCCAAGGAGAAAACAGCGAGCAAGGAAGAUUGGCUGCGAUCUGCCGCGGAAGAAUUGGGAGUGGACUACGAUAGUGAAGAGUUCGAAAGUCAGAGCCAGCGAGGCAAAAGGGGGAGAGGCGGCGGAAGAGUAAAGAAGGAAAAGGACAACGCUGCAACUAGCAAAGACCAGCUUUCUCAAUGGCGGUCGCAGUUGGACGAAAUGUUGAAGAAGAGGAUCAACUUGGGAGUCAGCGAGAGAUAUCUCGCUGGCGGACGGGUUGAUGUUGAGGCAUUGCUCGAGGGACGGAUGGAUGGAGCAUUUCUGGAAGGCCGCUAA